AUGCGACAUGUUACUCAGCCCAGGGCCCGUGGCUCCGGAGUUGGCCCUCCGCAGCGCGCGAAGGCCGAGGUAUCUCCAAGUGCGACGGACAACACCCAAGAUCUCGGAUACGGCAAUACGACCGUAACUGGGCAUGGCCGUCGCCACAGCUCUGGCCGCGUCGACUAUGGUCACAUGUCUGGGCGCGUGACCAUUAUUCACUCCUCCAUCAAAGCAAGCGCUUUGAGUCACGCAUUAUUCAGCUCACUGUCAACCGACGCGCGACGGUGGGUGCAGCCACGUGGUCUGCUGGACGACUACCGACCACGACCUGCAUCUCGUGUACUAUGGAUAGCUGGAUCUGGUGGCAAGAUGGUUCCUGGGAUCUGUCUGCCGGUGUGGAACCUGCGCUUCCCGUCGCCAGCUGAGCGCUAA